GUGAUUUAUACCAUUACCUUUCUUUUGGAUUAUAAUUUGGGUAAAUUGCGAAUUGAGGAUAUAAAAAUCCAUAUUAGUUUGAAUUAAUGGAAGAGACAAAAUAAAUUUAGUUUGGCCAAUAUCCAUCAUUUAAUCUCAUGGAACUUAAUAUUAAUGAACCCACUAGAUUAGUGAUACUCUACAAUUAUUAACUUACAUCGCUAUUUAAAUAAGAAGUUUAUGUACUGGAUUCCGAUCCAAAUCUUGAAAAGCACGGGAUGGAAUAGUUGUGUUCUGGAGGCAUGAUAGGUUGAAAAUAAUCACACAUUCUGGAAAUCUAAGAAGUUGUAAUUAUAUCAUUUUGUUAUUAUAACCAAUAGAGC